GUCCCUAACCCAUCCCCCAACUUCGUCUUCCAUCUCUCGCGUCUCGUGUCUCGCCCCGUCCUUUCUUUUCCCAAUUGACCUAAUCUCAUACUGGUUGCCUGCAAAACGGACCUCAAUGAGCGAUUCAAUGAAAGGAUCUUUAGUCUCAAACCUGAGCUACUCAUCUUCGAACUGAUCUCGCAAUGCUACUUCUCAAUGGGAUGUCCUUAAACUGCCAUCGCCAUUGCCUGCUGCCAAGAAUGUUUGGAUACACCACGACCACGCACGCAAUGGAAUUCCCGCCUCCAAAAUCCAUGAAAUUUUUUUUUGAAGAUCCCUGGUUCAGCAAUUUGUAAGUUUUCAACUUUGCUUGUCUAGCAACACAGAAUCCUAACACUAUGUCAUCAGCACAUCUUCGAAAUCUGGGAAGACGGAGUUGGAGCCCGCUUCCAAUACCCCAUCGCACAAUUCCCGACCCCAAAGGCCAAGAUCUCGACUUUGUCAACGUUGCUCACAGCCACCUUGUACAGUCCGAUUGGGCUAAGUUAAAUACUUUGGCCACCGGUCUGACCCCAUUUAGAAUCAAACACACUCUUUUGAGGAUCCAAAAGGAUUCUGUGCUUUCGCUUGAAUUCUUCAAUUGGGUUGAACUCCAACGAUCCAACUCCCACACGCUUGAAACCAAUUCCAUAAUUCUUCAUAUUCUCACCAAGGCAAAUAAGUUCAAAUCUGCUGAAUCUCUUUUGAGAAAUAGUAUAGUCCCCAAAACACUUUAUUGCCCAUCCAAGUUAUUUGAUGCUAUACUUUAUUCAUAUCGCCUUUGUGAUUCAUCUCCCCGUGUUUUUGAUUCCCUCUUCAAGACUUAUGCCCAUAUGAAAAAGUUCAGGAUUGCCACCGAUACUUUCUGUCAAAUGAGAGAUUAUGGGUUCCUUCCAACCAUUGAAUCUUGCAAUGCAUAUAUGAGCUCAUUGAUUGAUCUAAACCGGACAGACAUUGCCUUGGCAUUCUACAAGGAAAUGAGGCGGUGCUUGAUCUCUCCAAAUGUGUAUACCCUCAAUAUGGUUAUAUGUGCUCUUUGUAAAUCAGGAAAAAUAGAGAAAGCUGUUGAGGUGUUUAAGGAGAUGGAGAACAUGGGUUGUAAACCAACACUUGCGUCUUACAAUACAUUGAUUGCUGGACACUGUAACCAAGGUCUUCUACGCUCGGCUAUGAAACUUAAGAGCAACAUGGGGAAGAAUGGAUGCCACCCAAAUGUUGUUACAUUUAACACUCUCAUCCAUGGAUUCUGCAAGGAAGGGAAACUACUAGAAGCAAAUAAGAUUUUCAAUGAGAUGAAAGCUGUGAAUGUGGUUCCUAAUAUUGUAACCUAUAAUACCUUAAUAAAUGGGUACAGUCAAUUGGGAAACAGUGAGAUGGGAGGAAGACUUUAUGAGGAGAUGUUAAUGAAUGGAAUUAAGGUUGAUAUCUUAACUUACAAUGCACUGAUUUUGGGGCUUUGCAAAGAGGGUAAGACAAAGAAAGCCGCAUAUCUGGUGAAAAAGCUCUAUAAGGAGAACUUACUCCCAAAUGCCUCAACCUUUUCUUCUCUUAUCAGUGGACAGUGUGUGAGACAAAACUCUGAGCGUGCAUUCCAGCUUUACAAAAUCAUGAAAAAGAGUGGGUAUCAUCUGAAUGCAGAUAUUUUUAGUAUGUUGAUAUCAACUUUCUGCAAGAAUGAGGAUUUUGAUGGAGCAUUGCAUCUCUUGAGGGAGAUGAUGGGGAGAUCCAUGGUUCCUGAUUCGAGUCUUCUAGGUGAGCUUUAUGCAGGGCUUUCGAGAUGUGGAAAAGAUGAAGUGGCCACUAGUUUGCACAAUGAAAUGGAAGCAAGACAUCUUAUGUAAAAAAACUUUUGGUAGAGACAAAAUCAUUAUCAAGUAGCCAGGAGUUGAUAUCAUAGAGAGAAAUUUUUUAGGUUGUAUAUGCUUUUUAUAUAUAUUAGAAAGUUUAGUUCUUCAA